AUGCUCAACCGAAAGCCAACGUCUCCCCCGCAUUUCCCUCAAUGCGACUCUCAACAUGCUCCCUCCUUCUGCGGCGGUCCUUCCAGCCAUCACCUGCAACUUCCAGACUCCUGGCAAGAUGCCUACCUCCUCGGUUCCGCAACUACUCCUCACACGCUGAUCCGGCACCUCCGAUACCCAGAGCGAGCACCAUAGACACCACAACUGCGGCACCUCCAGUGUCCACGAAACCCGAUACUACCGGUAUCGCCGCUACGGCACCUCCGAAAGUUGAGUCAGACGUAGCGGACACCACCAAUGCGUCGCCCGCCAAACAGCCGAAGGCCGAGGCCGAGGCCGAGCUGCCGCCAGAUCAUCGCACGAUAGCCACAGCGCAACAGCUGCUGACAACAACCCACUACUCACCGGGGUCGCCGCUGUUUCUUCCGCACGGCACACGCAUCUACACCAAGCUUGUGGACUUCCUGCGCUCGCAGUAUGCGCUCCACGGCUUCCAGGAGGUGCUGUCGCCGAAUAUCUACAAGAAGUCGCUGUGGGAGACAUCGGGGCAUUGGGAGAACUUCAAGGAGGACAUGUUUGAGGUUACUGGGCGCGGGAUAGGCGCUGUCAAGGAUGAGGGUACGGUAGAGGGCCAUGAAGAGGAAUAUGGCCUCAAGCCGAUGAAUUGUCCCGGACACUGCCUCAUGUUCAAGGCCUCUGGCGGCGGAAGGAGCUUGCGGGAUUUACCCGUGCGAUAUGCGGACUUCUCGUCGCUCCAUCGGAAUGAAAACUCCGGCUCGUUGAGCGGUCUCACCCGUGUUCGGAGAUUCCACCAGGACGAUGGCCAUAUCUUCUGCCGGCCUAUACAAAUCGCGCAAGAGAUCUCUGCCACACUCCAGUUCAUCGAGACGACGUACAGGGUUUUCCAUCUGCCGAAGCCGGAGCUGGUGCUUUCGACCAGGCCAGAGAACUAUAUCGGAGAGCUCGAAGAGUGGGAUCGCGCUGAGGCUGCGCUCAAGAAAUCACUUGAGGAAUCCGGACAGGCAUGGACCGUGAACGAAGGAGAUGGCGCAUUCUACGGGCCCAAGAUCGACAUCAUGAUCUCGGACUCGGACGGAAAGAAGCACCAAACGGCCACUGUGCAGCUCGACUUCCAGCUCCCCCGGCGCUUCGAGCUCGAGUACCUUGCACCCGCGCCUGCCAGCGAGCAAAAGGGCAUUCUCUCGGAAGACCCCGCCGAGCUGAACGAGUCCGGAUUCGUCACGCCCGUCAUCAUCCACCGCGCCGUGAUGGGCUCACUCGAGCGCUUCAUGGCGCUGCUAAUCGAGCACUACAACGGCAAAUGGCCGUUCUGGCUCUCCCCGCGCCAGGCAAUCGUCAUCCCCGUCGCCAUGACCGACGAGAUCGUGGCGUAUGCGCACAAGACUCUGGCCACCAUCUCCGGCGUGGAAAACAAGGACCUUACGCAACCGCAGUCCAUGAGCAAGCGCACCUUCCACGUCGAUAUCGACACGACCACCAGCUCGCUGUCGAAGAAGAUCCGCAAGGCAAAGAAUAUGCAGUACAACCACAUCAUUGUCGUCGGCGAGAGAGACGUAAAGGCUGGGACGCUUAAUGUCAACACCGCCGCACCCGCGAAAUACGUCCUGAACAAGGUACAGCAGGCGUCGAAAACGUCGGCUGAUAUGACCGCCGAACAGCUGUACGACCACUUCAUCAAGCUGGAGGAUAGAUAUGAGUGAUUUCUCGGUAGCUUGUCCGAGAAAGGGGGGGAGAUCAACCGGCUCCUGUGUGUUUUUUUAUGCAGGGCAAAUGUAUGUACGAUAGAUAUCUAGCAACAAGGAGAAAAGGAGAAAAAACAAGGACCGAUCGACAUGAUGUAUAGUAUUCUAGAAGGAUGAGUGAGUGAGUGGGUGUGGCGGUGGCUUGUAUGAAUUUCGGCGAAGCAGGUCCGAGUCGGGGAGCAGGCUUGUGUGUGCUGAUCCUGAUGGAUGGCUUAGAAGUUCGAACCCCUUUUAAUGGUUCCAUCGGACCUUCUAGAUUGAUUCUAUGCGGCAUUGAGUGAGAGAGUAUUGCGGGGGAAAGUAUUGACGGCCCGGCCGGUUGAGAUGGGUUGUGAGAUGGGCAAUGUCGGAUUUUUGCCCCGGCCCCGGCCCCGGACUCGACCCCGACCUCCAAUUCACC